AUGUUGGAAUACUCAAAUCCAGGGAUAGUUACAAGGCUAGACGCCGAAGGCGAUGGCUCUUUCUUGUAUCUCUUCAUAGCAUUAAAUGCAGCUAUUCAAGGGUGGAACUAUUGCAAACCUACAUUAGUGGUGGAUGGUACCUUUCUAAAAGCAAUAUACAGGGGUGAAAUGCUUACUGCUGUAACACAAGAUGGGCAAGGACGACAAAUUAUACCAACUGGUUAUAGUAUUGUUGACUCGAAAAAUGAUGCAUCUUGGGAAUGGUUCUUUGAAUGUUUAAAAGAGAUAUAUCCACAAAGGGAUGGGAUGUGCAUUGUCUCAGAUAGACAUCAGAGUAUAGCUAAAGCAGCUGGAAGUGUAUAUACAGCAGUCCCGCAGUCCCUCAUUGAAUGCAACAAUCUUAUAAAAGAAUUAGAUGUUGUUGAUCCAAGGAUAAAAUCUUACUUGAAAGAUGUUGAAUACCAUAAAUGGGCAUGGUCUCAUUGCUCAGCAAAUCGAACAACAACAAUGACAUCAAAUAUAGUUGAAUCAGUAAAUGCAUCAAACAAGUAUGCAAGAGAGCUCCCAGUUAUUGAUUUGCAAGAUUUUAUGACAAACAUGGUCCAGAGGUGGGAUUACACGAACGGUAAUGCUGCCAAAUUUGAAAACAUCACAUUAACAAACAAGUAUGAAGCCUUGUUGAAAGAUUCAAAGAUUGAACAGACAAUGGCGGUAAGAUACUGUAACGAUCUACAUAUACUGUAA